UCACAACUCAUGAAGUUUUUUGUUUAUUUAUAUAAAAAAAAGAAUUUUUUGGGUGAAAUUGUGCGACAAUGGCGUGGAGAUCAAAUCUCUCUCGGAACCUCAAAGAGCUUCGCAUCCUCUUCUCUCCAUCGUCACCUGAAAGUUCUGCCACUAGGGCGUUCAUUGAGAAGAACUACAGAGAUCUCAAGACCCAAAACCCCAAAUUACCUAUUUUGAUUCGUGAGGCCAGUUCCAUCGAGCCUCAGCUUUGGGCAAGAUAUGACCUGGGAGUUGAAAGGGGCAUCAGACUAGAAGGAUUGACGGAGGAGCAAAUCUCAAAGGCACUUGAGGACCUUGGAAAAGUUGGGGCAUCCCUUAAAUCUUGAUGACAUUGGAUCUGCAGAAUUGUAUGUCUUUGCAUUCAGCGCUUUGUAGAGUUCGUCCUCGCAUUGUGCUUUCUAAAAUAAUCUUUUGGUGCUAGUUAUCAUGAAUCAAACUAACCGCUCAUAAACCUGGAAUCUUGGGUAUUUGGCUUUUAUUUGCUGUUGAAAUGAAACUGUUUGAAAUCCUUUGUUGUAAGCAUUAGAAGUUUAACGGAAUUCCUUCUGUGCAUUUAA